AUGGACUACAGGUACAUUUGUAAAUUAGCAUGUACUUUUAAUCAUUAUCAUUUAGAGUUAAAGAAUGGUUGCAUUCCUGAUGGAAUUACUAAAAGGUUAGGCUUCUGGAAGGCAGAGGAAUAUCAAAAAUUUGCUUUCCCAGCAUCUGAGUAUGUUCUGGGAGGUAAACUGCCUGAUGAACAUUAUAAGGUCUGGAUUCUAAUUGUUAGAAUAGUUGAAAUGACUUUCAACACUGAAAGAAGUGGAUGGUCAGAAGAUUCAUUGAAAUUGUUGCAGCAUCUAAUCUGGAGGCACAAUAUUUUAACUGAAGAGACACAAGGACUUCAUAGUUGUGUUGUGUCACUACAUAAUCUAGUCCAUCUUCCAGAUGACAUUAUGAGGUUCUCAAGUCCAGAUAAUUUCUGGUGCUUUGUCUUCGAGAGAGCUGUGCAUACAUAUAUAGAACGAUCUUCUAACAAAAAAAAUCUUGAGCUUACUUUUGCAAAAGCAGAAAGCAGAAGAGAAUUUUUGAAGUUUCUGACAUCGGAAGAAAAUGAGAGAAUAAUACCCCCAGUAAUUACAUUGAAUAAGCCAUAUCAUGCAUCUUCAAUUGAGCAAGCUAAGCUAUUCAAACUGCAUGAAGUACAUGAUCCAGUUUUAGUUGGUGGAAUAAAGUAUGUGGCAUUAUCUGCAAAUGAAAUCCAGUCUAUUUUGCCAUCCAACACUUCACAUGGAGCUGACUAUUUAGCUAUGUCAUGUAGGAGUGUUCUUUUCUUAUUUCAGGGUAUUAAUGGCACAUUAUAUCGUACCAGUGAAUAUGUUAUUGUCCAUAGUAACUGUGACAACAGGGGAAAUGUCAUUCGAGUGAUAGGCUUUUAUUCAAUCACAGUUGAUGAUAAGUGCUAUGUUUUUGUGAAAGGGGAACAUUACCCUUACCCACAAAAUAACCCUAUACAUAUUUAUAGCAGCAACCCUUACGUUAUUCCUUCAUCACACAUAAUGUAUUUUCCAGCUCAUGAUAUAAUAAGUAAAGUCAUGCUUUUCCCAGAUCCAGACAACAUAACAUCACCAUCUAAGUUUAUUGUAAUUAACUUCAUGCGACAUCAGCUACCAAUAACAGAGAGUGAUGUCAUUAUUCCAGUGUUACCAGAAAAGGGAGAUAUGGUUCUUGUAGUAGGGGAAAAUAAUGAAAUUUGGCAUGCAUGUAUUCAGUCAGUAAAUGAUAGGAGUAGAAACUGCACUGCUUUAUUUUAUGUGUAUGUACAAGGUACAUCACCUCGUAGAUAUACCAGAGAAAGUUUCAGUCGCAGUUCCAAAGAAUUAAUUGCAUGGGAUUCAAUUAUUAAUUAUGCUUCUGGAAAAUGGCAGGAAAAUUGUUGGAUAGAAUGCUAGGUUUAUUAUUUGCGUUUUAAUCUGUGUUUUUUAUUGACACUACAUGAUUAAUCUGUGUUUUAUCUUUAAUAAUGACUCAAAAUGGAACUUAUGAAUGCAAUUUUAAAAACUUUUCAUUAUACCAUUUUCCAUUGAUAAACAUCUAGAUUACCAAGA